CUUUUCCUGAAACUGAUACUUUCUUUUGUGGCCUUUCCGCGAGGUGAACAACUCGACAGCACUGUCACCUGCAGCCACACGAGACCUACUAUGGCAGGACUUUAAGAAGCUCCAGACAUGUCUCGAACUUCUUUCCAGGUCUUGUACGAAGCCCAGUAGUCGGCCCAGGAAAACCCAAGAGACAUCAAGGCCUCACAAUAUCUAUUACACAAUAAUUUUUUUGUCUGUGUUAUUUUUUUGUUAGUUUCUUGGAGAUGAGUUCCUCUGAUUCAUCUCACCUAGCCACCGCCAAAACAGCUCUCACGACGGUUGCAUCGGUGGCUGCAGCCGCAAUGCUAGCUCGAACAGUGAUCCAAGACUACAUGCCAGCCGAGGUUUAUGACUUCAUCUCUUGUGGUAUCCGCAAAUGCUUCAGCUACUACGGUUUUCAAAUGACAGUGGUACUCGAAGAGUUUGGAGGCUUUGAAAUCAACGAAGUGUUUGAAGCAGCAGAGACUUACCUAGCCUCCAAGAUAUCUCCAUCCACUAGAAGAAUCAAAGUCAACAAACUUGAGAAGCAGAGCAACUUCAGCGUCACCGUUGAACGCGACGAGGAAGUCGUGGACACCUUCGACGGCGUGAAGCUCAGCUGGAUCCUCGUGUGUCGGCAGGUGAAGAAGAAGGAUUUUCUUAACCCUCGUGAUCGGAACUCUACUCUGAAGUCAGAGGUGCGUUCUUACGAGCUCAGGUUCAACAAGAAGUUCAAGAAGACGGUUCUUGAAACUUACUUACCGUUUGUGGUUCAACAAGCUGCUCUGAUGAAGCAAAAGAUUAAAACGCUUAAAAUCUUUACUCUGAAUUCGUAUUCUGAGUGGACCUCUGUGACACUCGACCAUCCUUCCACGUUUCAAACUCUUGCCAUGGAUCCGGAGGUGAAAAAGAACUUGGUGGAGGAUCUUGAUUGUUUUGUGCAGCGUAAAAGCUUUUACGCGAGAGUAGGGAAAGCUUGGAAGAGAGGGUACUUGUUGUAUGGUCCACCUGGUACAGGAAAGUCAAGUUUGAUCGCAGCCAUAGCCAAUCAUCUUAACUUUGAUAUCUAUGACUUGGACUUGGCAUCAGUUAAAAGCAACGCUGAGCUCCGUAUGUUACUCGUGUCUACUGCAAACCGUUCGGUUUUGGUUGUAGAAGAUAUUGAUUGUUCCAUCGAGUUUAAGGAUCGGACUACUGAUGAGCCUAGCGAUCUUCUCGAUAAACCGGUCACACUGUCAGGGCUAUUGAAUUUUGUGGAUGGACUGUGGUCAAGUUGUGGUAACGAGCGGAUCAUAGUGUUCACUACUAACUACAAAGAAAGAUUGGAUCCCGCAUUGUUGAGGCCAGGACGUAUGGACGUGCACAUUCACAUGUCUUAUUGCACACCAGCUGGUUUUAAGGUUUUGGCUUCAAACUAUCUUGAGAUUGAAGAUCAUAUUCUUUUCAAGGAGAUUGAGGAACUUAUCCAGGAAAUAAAAGUUACACCAGCAGAGAUAGCUGAACAGCUGAUGAGAAAUGACUAUGUGGAUCAAUUACUCCAAGGAUUGAUUUCGUUCUUAAGAGCCAAGAAAACUGAAAAUGAUGACAGCCAACGGCCAACAGAUAAAUAGCUAAAUAGCUUAUAAGAAAACUUUCUUCAUGUUAGAUAUUUGAAUUUUUUUUUUUUUUUUCACUUAGUUAAAAACUUAAAAUGAUGAAUAGUUGUCCUAUUAUUUGUUGUUUUGUUGAGUAAUAUUCCUUAUGUUUCUGAAUAA